AAAUCAAAAUGAGGGGAGUAGUGUUCUGUUUGGUCAUUCUGGUCUGCACUUCCCAUGUGUACGGUUUUUCGAUCUUCGGGGGCAGACAGGACUGCCUUUGCCGUGCUUGGUCACACCGUUUCCACAUCCGUCUGGUGAAGAGAGUGGAGCUGUACCCACAGACUGUCCGGUGUGAAAAAGUUGAAAUAGUUGUGACCCUUCACAAUAAACAGCGCAGAUGUGUGAACCCAGAUUCUCGGUGGGCUCAGAGAUAUAUGAGGAUGCUACUGAAGCUAAGGUAUGGACAGAAGAUGAAGAUGUGAGGAACAAGUGACG